AUGCCGCCUCGACGGCCUAUUGACUCCGGGCCAGCAGCCUCAGGCACCAGCAAGAGAGCCCGUGCAAAGCAUGCUUGCCGCGAGUGCAAUGCUCGGCGAGUCAAGUGUAAUGUGAUGCAAUGUAACCCCUGCUCCAACUGCGAAGCGGCCGGGACCCAAUGUGAGGUGUUACCCUCUCGUCGAGGGCGAAUACAGAAAAGACAGAUUCAAAGCGAUGCACCGGUGCCAACGGCUGUGAGUCCUAGCGUGCAAGGUGGGGAGACGAUUUCGGUCUCCCUUCCUGUCGCGCAGAACAUCACUCCAGACGUGGAACACCCGCAGAAUGAGGACGAGCUGAUCACUGGAGACCCAACAAGCCCAUCGCAGGGGACCAGCACCACCGCUCCAGCAACGCUUUUCUAUGGCGAGUCAAACCCUCUCACACUGAUUCCGGGAAGUGUUCGUCAAGGCCAACAGCCGAGUUCGAGGGUGAGCCUUCCACAACAGAAGGCUCAACUUCACUUCCCUAUACAUGACACGCCACAGUCUGCAUCGGAAGAUGAUUAUCCCGCCAACAUCGAGCACCUGAGUGCCGCGGCGUCACGUUACCUACAAGAUGAAGGUGCUUUGACUCUGCCGGACAUGCAAGGGUGCAUGUCAACUCUGCAAGCCUACUUUACGUGGUUUCAUCCUUGUUUCCCAAUAUUAGACAGGGUAGAGUUCUCACGCAAACUCGCCGCUUCGCAAGCGUCGUAUCUUUUGUUACAGUGUAUGCUCUUCAUUGGGGCGGCGUACUGCGACGAUGCGACCAUCACGUCAAUGGGUUUUAGCAAUCGGGCUGAGGCUAAGUCUCUACUCUACACGCGGGCAAGAUUGCUUUUCCAUGCUGACUGGGAGAAGGAUCGGCUCACCUUGAUCCAGUCUUUGUUUCUUCUGAGCUUCUGGCGAGGUGGACCUUCUGACGUUCGAGAUGUUCGGUAUUGGCUGGGCGUAGUCAUUGGAGUAGCCGAGUCGCACGGACUGCAUCGAUCGGAAAGACAGUCUGCUGCUUCUCUGGGCCUCCCCAGCAGGAUCAGAGAUGACGAUUGCGAUGUUGAGCCGCUGGCUGAGUCGGACCUAGAGACCGAGGUUACCAGCCCAGAUGGCUCACAGUUUGGCUCAUGCAAGCCAGAGCACGUCAACUACGCCAUCAACAUGGUAAACCUGGCACAGAUUCUUGGCCGAGUUGUCGAUUUACAUUUUGCACCGGGUCAACAGGCCUCGACGCCAGAGCAGCUCAGAGCCGUGGACGAUGCACUCCAAGCGUGGAAGGAAGGACUACCGGAAGAGAUGAAUCGUGGCGUUGAAGACGGGACGGCUUCUGUGUGGGGAUAUCUGCUGCACCUAGCGUAUAAGUAG